AUGUCGGACGAUACGACCACUUGGUUAAAAAAAAAUCCUGUUAAUAAUCCAUUAAGAAGAAGUUUAAAAACUUCAUUGCGUUUUCAUGUCAAUACAUCAGAAAUGGAUGGUAGCAUUAUAUCAAAUAAAGACAAUUUUAAAAAUCCACAAGUUUUUAUUCCACGAAUGCUUCAAAGACCAAGUUUUCAUUCGAAAAAAAUAAUUGGAGGUGAAUUUAAAGUUCCGAGUAAUAAUUCGAUUGAAAAAAAAAGUGUAACAAAAUCAAAUUCGAAAGUAGGGAAAACUUUUGAAUUGAGAAAAUCAUUUUUACCAGUAUGUAAAGGAAAAAUACAAUCGAAUGAAAACCACAACAACACGAGAAGUGACAUCAUUCCGAGAGGUAGUUUUUUACCUAAAAACUCUGCAAAAAGAAACACUACAAAAAGAGAAUUGAUUCAAAAAAUUGUUGAAGCUAGUAGAAAUGCAAAUGUUGACAGUCAACAAAAAAUUUUAACAGAAUUACCAGAUGAAAAUUCAGUUAUACGUAGUAUAUUGAAAAAAAAAAGAAAUUCAUUAAUUCGUAAAAGUUUACAAGGUUCGAAAGAAAAGAAAAAAAUAAAAGGUGCAAAAAAAGUUUUGUUCCAAGGUUUCCACGAUGAUGACAACACCAGCAGAUUAUUAAAUAAAGAAAAUGAAAAUAGUUUAUCGAUGAUACAAAAUCAAUCGGAUGAUUCCGAAUUCAUAUCAUUGGAUGAGCCAACGGUUUUUUUAAAUUUUCCCAAAUCCAGUAGUUCGCCUAAGACAAACGUUAUUAAAAUGGAACAUGAAUUAUUACAAUUGAAUGAUUCGAAUUUGUCAAAAGAAAAUUCCAAUUCCAUUAAAAACAAAUUAAUAAAUAUUUUCAACGAUUAUUCUAAUAAUUUAAACGAUAUCGAAACUAUGAGAAAUUCAUUGGAAAAUUCAUUUGGAAUUUACGUAGAACAAAGUUUAAAAUUUCACACGGAAUUAAUGAAUUAUAUGGACGUUAAAAAGGAAACGUAUGAAAAAUUGAAAAAAUUACGAAACGAUAUGGAAAAAAAUAUUAAAUGUUUAUUUCCACAAGAAUCAAUGAAUUUAAAUUUAAAAUCCUGUCAUGUUGAUGCUAAUGAUGAUGAUAAUAAUUCACUUAUUAAUUGUGAUUUGAAAAAAAAAGAAAAACGUUACGAUAAAAUAAAAAUGUCGGAUAAAUCGAAAAUGAUAAAAAAAAAUCAAGGAUGUAAAACGAAUAAUAAUAGUACGACUAAAUACAAAUUAGGACUUUACAUGGAAAAAGAUAAUAAUAAUAUUAUAUUUGGUGAAAAAAAUAAUUUUUCAAUAAUAAAAGAAAAUUAA